AGUGGCGCAGCCGAGCACGAAUCGAAUCUUUCGCUGUCGCGUAACAAGGCUAGCACAACGAACGUUUCCUCUCUCCCGUUGAAAAAAUAAAGAAGAAGAGAGGUCAUCUACCGCUUUGUUGCAGUUGACGUAUCGCAAAGCUGCUUCAGCAAAGGAUAUAUAUAUAUUUUCUCUUCUUCUCUUCUUCUCUUUUUUUCCGCUGCGUAGACUCACAAACUGAAAUAUAUAUAUUCGAAUUAAAGAAAGGGGGUGGACACGACGGGGUCUCCCUCUGUGCUGCGCACCUCUCUCUCUCUUUUCGUUGUUAUCGUGCCCCUUUUCAUCGCUCAAAGCCUUUCUUACUGUCUUUUGCACACUGCACGAGGAAGGAAGGGAAGUACACUAUAUACAUAUAUAUAUAUAUAUACAUAUACACACACCAACGUAAAUGCCUGUUUACGUUUCCGGUGCGGCGUACUUCAACCGCGGCUUCGAUGCCGCCAUGGUGAGGGAAGACCUGUCCAGCCAAAACGAGCCGCGCCAGCUGUCUGCGCUGUACCAAGUCACCGCCUACAUGAUGAUGGGCAAGGACAUGUCGAGCCUCUUCAACGAGGUCUCCGCGCUCACCUCGAGCACGAGCCCGACGAUGAAGCGGCUCGCGUACUUCUACCUCAUUGAGAACAGUCGAAUCCAGCCAGAGCGGACGGUGCUGCAGGCCGGGACGCUGGUGAAAGACACCCUGCACGACUCCCCGUUGGUGCGCGGCGCGGGGCUGCGUGCCAUGACGAACAUCCAGCUGCCCAUGAUGGCUGACUUCCACUCCGGGCCGUUGCACCGGUGUCUGGAGGACUCGUCCGCCUAUGUGCGCCGUAUUGCCGCGAUGGGGGUGCUGAAGCAGUACGUCGCAGCCUCCAACGUGUCGGCCGAGUCGGACAUCCUAGACAAGUUCACCACCCUGCUGCAGGACUCGAACGCGGCCGUGGUGGCGGUGGCGGUGCGGGCGAUGCUGGAGUUGCAGUACCGCAACGCCCCCGUCUCCUACAUUGGCGCCAUCCUGAACGCGCGCAGCCACUUGAUCGCUCUGUUACCGGAGGGCAGUGAGUGGACGAAGGUGUAUCUGCUGGAGGGCAUCGCCCUGCACAUGAUGUGGGAGUGCCACGAAGCGGUGUACGAGCUGCAUCCCACGAGCGGAGACGGCAACGCCCUCAGCCGCCGACAGACAUCAACGGUUUCAUCGCAGACGAGUCGUGGAGCCGCGGAGUCGACGACGGCGGCGCUGCAGCGACAGUUAACCGGCGCUGCGAACGAUGAGGCGAGCGAGUUCGACCACCACCGUGACGCGUACCUGACGGCGGGCGAGGAGACGCUCGCGCUGGUGAUGCCGCUGCUGCAGUACGCCAGCCCCGUCGUCGUCCUCAGCGUCGUGCGCGCGGUGGCGCUCUUCCUCCAUUCCAUCCACGAGCCCCGCCUGCACGUGCCGGAGGGGACGCAGAGGCGGCUGAUGGACCGGUACGCCGCGCCGCUUAUCCAGUCGCUCGUUGUGCUGCUGGAGGCGCCGCGGUUUGAGAUGCGCUACGUGAUGCUGCGCAACGUCCGCCAGUUCCUCACGCCGGUAUUCGCCCCGUUCUUCUCCGCUCACCUCAGCAAAUUUCUCGUCAAGUUCGAAGAUCCAAUAUACAUUAAAAUGGAGAAGCUGAACCUGCUGGUGCGGCUGGCGAACAACGAGAACGGUAGCCGGGUGCUGGGCGAGCUGAUGGUGUACGCCCGCGAAGCCGACGCCGAGCUCGUGCGCACGGCCGUCAACGCGAUCGGUGCGCUGGCCACCAUGCUGCCGGGCCUCUCCACGGAGUGCGUGCGGCAGCUCGGCACCCUCAUCGCCACACGUGUGCCGCGCCUGGUAGAGAACACGGUGGUGGUGGUGCAGAUGGUGCUCCGCUGCUACCCCGGUAAGUUUACGGAAAUCCUUCGCCCCCUGUGCGAUUCCUUGACGAUUCUCGAGGCGACGGAGGCACGCGCGGCGGUGGCCUGGGUGCUGGGCGAGUACCCCAACAGCGUCUCAGACGCCGUGACGGAGUACCUGUCCGUGCUGGUGAACCAGUUCAUGGAGCAGCCGCGCCUCGUGCAGUACGCAACCAUGACGGCGUUGGCAAAGCUGUACCUGCACGGCGCGAAGGCUAACGCGCCGCAGCGCACCGCGGCCACCACCGAAGCCUUGGCGAUGCUGGAGAAGGUGCUGGGGGACUGCACCAACUCUUACUUCCCCGACCUGCGCGAUCGCGCCCUCUUUUAUUGGCGCGUCAUCGCCCUCGACAUCGACGUCGCGAAGCGCGUGAUGGCCGCGACGGAGGGCGCAAAGCUGAACGCGUCGCUCUGGGAUGAGCUCGGCUUUCACGCUGCACUGCACAGCAGCACAGGAAACGGUGGUGGUGGUGGUGGUGGAGGCGGCAAUCUGCACGACCUCGGCUCGCUGGCCUCCGUCGCGGCUCAGCCGCUGCGGCUGCUGCUGGGCGACGCCGUGAUCGGCAACUCGACGAAGAACCUAACCGGCGUGGACGACGAUGACGAUGACGAAAAUGUUGAGGAGGCCGCCGAUGCUGUGGCUGCUGCUGCGACGGUGAAAGGCCCUGUCAGCAGCAGCGGCGGCCGUAACUCCCCGACUACGGCAAACAACCCGCCAAACCCAACGCCCAACGCUGCGGGCGGCGGGGAGGCGACUAGCUACACGAUCGUUCUUGCCUCUGCCCAGGGCAACGGCGUGCAGGUGGAGAUGAUGUGGUCGCAAAUGGGCUCGAAGCUGAUCCUGUCCUCCCGGCUGCGCAUCGUGCCAGGCGAGGACCAUGUCCGCCACACUCGCGUCCUGACGAUGCAGAUCAACUGGAACAUGUUUGGCAUGGGUGUCGCGCAGGUCUUCCCGACAACGGUGCUCGACGCCGAGGACAAGCCGGCGGAGGUGAGCGUGGUGGUCGCCUGCAAUAACCAAAAGGCCCCGACGCCGGAGAUCCAGGUGGCGAUUGAGUUUGAGUUUAUCGGCGUCCGCUACGUUGUGGCGCCGCCCAUUCCCCCUCCCUUCCUGCUGCUGCCCGCGACUGGCUGCGAGGCGGCCUUCUUUGUGGAGCAGUGGGACAAUCUGCCCUACCCGGUCUGGACGAUGCCGCCUCAGCUGCGUGAGUUGAAGUGCGACCCGACGCGGCUGACGACAAACGUGCUCCGCGUGUACUGCCUGAACCUCGUCCACCGACGCGAGAUUACGGAGAAGAACCUCGUUGUCCUGCUCUUGUACUGCGAAACUAUCGGCCACGAGCGUUUGCUGGCGCAGGCGACGUUCAACUUGAAGGGGAAUGCGAUGAUCGGCCUCACCAUCCGCUCCACGGACGCGCCGGUGGCCGCCUACGUGGGCGAGUUUAUCAUGUCUUCGCUGUGCCCUGUUUCACAGGAUUGA